CAGGUUCAUCUUGACGCAUUGUCCUGUUCCUUGAUAACGACCACGGAGCAACCCCCGACUAGGUUUCCCACGGUGAACAACGUGAUUUGCCGACGAUGGUUACGUUGAUUAAUGGAUAUUAAUAAUGUUCGCCAUUGUUGCCGCAAUAAAUCGUGAUUUUUCGUCGCGGUUAGCUGGGACGCGAAUAAAAGGUGAUAAUUGAUGCGUCGCUCGCUUGGACGAGAAAGGAGGGGUUGAAGGAGGAGGAGGCAGCUUUUCAGGCAGGUAACACGCGCGAGCGCGGCCACGUACACACGCGCAUCCUCCUGUAUUUUGACUAGGAUGAGGAUAGCUGAGGUACCAUUCCCUUCGUGGCUCAGUGAGCUCGGGUUCCGUGCAUUCAUCAACAAUAAGCCGCAGCAACCCCGAACACACUCCUCCCUUUCCUCCUCCUUUUCUCAAUCUAUGUGUAUGCAUGCACGCUUAUGAGUAGGUCCACGUGUUUAUGUAUACGCGUGUAUGUUUGUUUGUGUGCAUGGAUGAGCGUGCAUCGUAGGUUGUGGAACGCGUUUGGAAUACAUAAAUCAGGUGCGCCAGUCUGCAGACUGCUGCCAGCCAUAUCACUUGGCACAACGGCUAUGAAUGAAUAGAGCCGUACCUGAAUUAUCGUCCGCCUUUGCAGAUACUGAGAGGACGCUCGUGCACGUUCUACGACAACAACGGGUAAGCAAGUGUGGCUUUAAACCUUAAUCUUCAAGCGUUGAAUAAAAAUAUGAUAAAGAUGAGCCUGCUAAUGUUCUUUUGCUUUCAUGGCUAAUGUUUCUGCUAAAUUCGUUUUUAGAAAAGAUAUUCUUUAACGUGUGAACUUCAAUAAUUUUUUAGAAAACGUUAUAUAUUGAGUAAUUUUCAAUAAAAAUAAUUCGUCUCAGCUCGGAAUAGAUCGCCUUAACAUUUUCUCUGAUAUUUAAUGACAUUUUCUCGAACUAUUUAUUUUUAUUGAGAUUAUUAAGUAAGAAGUACGAUACUGGUGCAAGAAAUUAUCGCAAAACGACUGUAUCAGUUGUAGAAAAAGAACAAACUAGAAACACGUUGGAAUCCUUUCGAUCACGUCGUUUCAAACGAAUCCUUCGAUUUCCGAAAGAAACGCAAUUUAUCUUACGUUAAUCUUUCUCCGAGCAAGUCUGGGUGGUGAAGGGGAGGAGAAGGAGGAGAACGAGAGGGAGGAGGUGAGCAUUCCAUGUGCCGUUUUUCGCUAUCUUUCUCUUCUUUUUAUUCGUUUUAUCCGAGAAUAACAGGGUCGAGAAGUGUUCGUACGAUUUCACGAGAACGAGCGAUGUCGAGGAUUCGAUCACUUUCAUACGAAAGUUUAUUAUCUCACGGACACCCACAUAAACUACAUAUCCAUUGUAGAAAUAAUCGAAAAAGAAAUAGCAAGUAUCAUAGUGUUUUGCGAUAUCGUUUGUAUUAAUAUUCAUUUUAUUCUAUUAAUAAUCGUAUUUUCGUAUUGAAAUGUCAUUAAUUUCCAACGAAUAUUACGUAUAUUAUACAUGUUUAUUACGUAUAAAAUUUAAUUAUAAGAGAUGGCAUAUCUUAUCAAUUUUAAAACACUUCAGAUUACUUCGUGAAAAGUUUAACCUAUGCGAUUUUGGCUGCAGAUCGAAGUAUGUCUACAGUCGACGAUCGGUAAACCACGUUCACACGUAUAGCUCCGGUAUUUGUUUUAUAUACGCUGUCUAUCGGCAUUUUAGUCGAUAAAUAUAUUUAGCGACGUGCGCACAAGCAAUCCCUAUUUUUUAUUUACGCAUUAUUUCACGAAGCGAACGAUUUUCACGGCAGAUCGACGAUGAAAUAUAGAGAAACAUGGUAUCGUUGCUUUCAAGAUUAAUCGCCAAUACUAAAACUUUCCAAGACGUCAAACUUUUUCGUAGUAUCGAAAAACUUCGAUAUUUGCAAUCUCGUUUUAAUGCUUCGGAAAAGGAUACAGCAUGCAUUUGUCCUCCAACUUAUAUUACUCGUUUGGCAAUGCCUGUUGAUUAUGACAACGUAAUAAAUUUCAUGUGUCAGACAUACUUCAAAGAGGAGCCAAGUAUAGUGAAUAUCGGGCUUUGUAGUGUAUCACCGACACCUUCCAUGGUAAAGAUCAUUCGAGAAAACCUUAGAAACGGCAUGACGAUAAUCGCGGAGAAUCCAUUUCAUUGCAUAAUCGGCGCUGUUAUAAAUAUUUGUUCGUGUCCGUGGGAACCAAAAAAACUUAUGGAAUACGCGAGAUGUUGCGAGGAAGAAGGUCUAGUCCGCGACCUGAUAGAGUUCUACGCUUACGAAUCUCGUAAACCAGAUGUCUGGAAUCGUUAUUGCGUUCACAAGGUGUUUGAGUGUAACUAUGUGGCUGUUGAUCCAGAAUAUCGUGGAAUGGGUAUAGCUAAGAAGCUCAUCGAAGAGAGUUGGUAUCUUGCACGAGAUUGUAGUUAUCGAUUGUUCCGUAUCGACUGUUCUAACAGAUAUACAGCUAGAAUCGCAGAAGGUUUUGGAUGGACUAAAAUCUGCACGAUACCUUAUUGUCGAUACGUCAAGAAUGAUGAAAUGGUAUUCCAACAUAUACAAGAACCUCAUACGGAAAUCGAAGUUUAUAUCGAUCGUGUCAACUUUCUUAAAGCAUACCAUUUGCCAUAUAGAAAUUGUUACAAGUAAUUCUCUCGAAGAUAAACAAGAGAAAGAAAUAAUCUCUUUUAAAAAAUAAUCUAAGCUUCUUUAUUUACUGUCUCACUGAUUUAUUGUUUGUAAUAUUGUUUGUAAUAUUUCGAAAGAUAAACUUGUUCGCUAGGUAAGACGUGAUAAAUGUAUAUUUCCUGUAUUCUCGUCUACUAAUUUGAAAACGUGCUCUAUUCAUUUGAAGUAUUUAUAGAUCUAAGUAAAGGGUAAUUUAAUUAUAUUAAUCAAUAUUAAUUUGUUUUUGCAUAAUUCAAUAUGUAUACAGUCUUAGUACUUAGUACUUACAAUAAUAGCCACAUAUCUCUUUUAUUACCCUUAUUCUAUUUUAUUAAAUUAUCAUCAUUAUCAAUUCUUUCUCAAAAUCAUGACAUUUAUUCUACAGAAUGAAUUCUUAACGUAACGUACCUAGCAACGGAGAUUAAAAUUCAUUGAGAGAUGUUCUCGUAAAGUAUAUGUAAUAGGUGUUUAGAAUGAAUGAAACGCGUAAGUUUAAAAGUUAUACUUUUCGUCAGUAUCCAUGGUGAAUAAAUUCAAAAGGAUAUUUCGGCGCUCUCUUGGCUCGAAGAUAAAGUGGAAUUGUUGUGCCGUGAGCGAAAUACAUCGGGGUAAUGCGAAGUGCCCGCAAUAGUGGGGCUCUACGGGCGUGUUUACGAGAGGGUUGUUCGAGGGGGGUUGCUCGCAUGCAUCAUCGGUGCAACUAGAGAUAAAUUCUGUACGCGCUGUGCUCUAGUGUGUACGUCGUCUUUACUUUGGUCUUAACUAAAAUCCAUUAAAGCCAACGAUUUAUUACAAUACCCUUACCCUUCGUACGAUGUGUGUGCGCGUACUCGCUCAGGAGGCAGGCUAACGCUUCCUGGCCACCUUCAGACGCAGUUUAAACGCAAAUUAAUGACGUCGGGGUAAAUUCUGCGAGUAUACCUAUCUACGUACUUACCUAUGUAUCGGUUCUUUUCAUUUUUUAUUUCGUCAACUAUUUUGGAUUUAUAGAAGCAAGAGUAUGAGAAUGGUGUGAAUCGAACGUACCGUGUAACAUACGGAGAUUGUUUCUGACGUAUCUGUAGCUAAAGGAAAAGAAUUCUCUUUACGAAACACGAACUAAAGCUUGAUAAAUACGUUAAAUGCGAUUUUUAAUUGUCAGUUAUAUGACAUGUUUAUAAUAAGUAUGAAAUCAUUACUACAGCAUUAAGUAUUAUUUUAGUAAAAGGCGUAUAUUAUUUUAGAUUUACAUACAAAGAUACUCAAUGUUGCAUGAAAUUCAACAAGUAGUUCUCUGUCUAUAACUGUUCGUUGCAAAAUACGCGCUUCAAAAGAUAGAGGAUAUCGAUCCAUCUUCUUUAAACGACAGCACUGACCUAUUUUCUAACUGCUGCCGUGGCCGAGAACAGUUCAGAGAAUUUAUAUAGGACAGAGAUGCCCGUAUACGGGAGACUUAACGUCGUGACGGUAAAACAUCUUUUUUGUGCUUUAUUCGAGCUACCAACGGCGUCUCUUCGAACUAAAAAUUCAUGUAUGUAAGAGUCAGCGCUAUUCAGAUAGGAUAAAGGAUAAGCUGCGAUAUGGAAUUCAUUAACACCACGUUGAGGCGAGUCCUUUAUCCUUCAACAGAUUUCUAAGAAAUCAUCUAGGUCAAUAUAACAGUGUGACAACGUCUCAUUCUAGACGCUGAAGAGUAUAUUUUCACGAGGUCAAAUAAAAACGUUGGGCAUAUAACUUGGAUGACAUUUUUUGUUGAUGUAUGAUCAU